AUGUUUUGUUUUUAUGCAAAACUUAAAGUAGUGAAGGAUGUGUUGAAGAAGAAGAAUAAGGAAGUGUAUGGAGGGCUGGGUCAGAAGGUGUUAAAGGCAAGGCAGGAUCUUGCCAUGGCAGAGGAGAAGCUUCUUAAACAGAAAUCUAGGAUUCAGUGGCUUAACCUUGGGGAUGGGAACAAUUCUUUUUUCCAUAACUUGGUUAAGUUGCUUGGACAUUCCAGUCAUGAGUUUAAUUUUGAGAAAGCUGCAAGGGUGUCUAAUCUAUUCAAAAAGAAAUUUUUUGCAGCUACGAUUGCAGGAAUGAGUGCUCUAGUCACUAAACAAGAGAUAAAACAAGCUGUUUUUGCUAUGAAUCCUAGUAAAGCCUUGGAUCUUGAUGGCUUCUUAGCUUGUUUCUUCCAAAAAGCUUGGCCUGUAAUAGGGGGAACUUAUGUGAGAAUGAUACAAGGGCUUGAAGAGGUGAUAAGCUCUAAUCAGGGGGCUUUUAUCCCUAAGGGAGGAAUUGCUAAAAAUAUACUUUUAGCUCAAGAGGUGGUUUGUGAUUAUCAUAAGGAGAAAUGUUUUACCAUUGGGUUAAAUGGUACUUUGGUGGGACAUUUCUCAGGAAUGAAGGGGCUUCGUCAAGGAGAUCCUAUAUCUCCAUAUCUUUUUGUGUUGGCUAUGGAGGGGUUGUCUCUUUUGCUUGAAGAGGCUGCAGCUUCACCUCUGUUCAGUUUUCAUCCUAAAUGCAAGGUUGUGAGGUUGAAUCAUUUGUGUUUUGUUGAUGAUCUGCUUAUCUUCUCUGCAGCCAUUUGCAAUUCUGUUUCAGCAAUUCUUAGUGCUCUUACUGAGUUUGAAUCUUUGUCGGGAUUGAGAGCUAAUCCUUCCAAGAGUUCCAUCUUUAUUGCCGGAGCUUCUUGUGAGGAAGAAGGGUUUCAAAGUCAGUUGAUGGUUAGAGGGAACUACAUGAUUGAUGAGGAUGAAUCCAUCAAUACUUGUCAUGAGCAUAUCCCUACCACCACCAUACUUGAGAGUGAGGAAAUUAUGGAUGAUAAUGAGGUGGAAGAAAAAUAG